AUGCAUCAUCAAGAAGUCAAAAGCAAUUUAUCUGGUGCAACUACAGAGAAAGAAAAGGUAGGAUCAAAAGGAUAUGAAUGUGAUCAACCCCUUUGCCCUAAGCCCAGAAAGCUUCCUCCUGCAGUUCCUGAGUUCCUCAAGCCACUCAGAUGUAGCACACACAGUCAGCCAAAAGGCAAUGAAGAAAGUAGAGUUCUGAACAUGAUCACAGAAAAGAAUACACAUGAGAAGGAGCUGGUAUGCAGUGCUGGAUGCUUACCUUCUUGUUACUCAGGCUCUCCACCGCGCCGGACAGAAAACCCACUGAUCCAUGACGUGGAGUUUCUUCAUCAAAUGGACAUUGUUUCGCCAUUUUCACGCACCAAACUCUCUGAUAAAUGUGCUUUUACCUCUGCUUGA